GUUUGGUGACGGAGGAAGAAGAGUGGCGCACACAAUGCACUGCACGGCUGACAAGGGUUGUGUCUCACUGAUUUUCACGAUAUAUUUCCAAUUCAGUGGAAACUUGUGAAAGGGCAGCAGCAGCAGUAACCCGUCUGCUUCUCCCUCGCAUGUAUUCGCACACUGGAUUUAGUGAGUAUACGAAAUCGUUGACCGGAAACGUCUGCGAGUGGUCCAACUAAUCCUAAACAUUGGAUUACACACAGUGAAGGCUGCAUGAAGGAGCUGACCAGCCCGACGGGGGCUUGGCCGACACCCUCGUUUAUGGAAAUCGACACCGAGGCUUUUCAUAUUUGGGCCUUGAUUUUUUUUUCUUUAUGAUGGAGGUGGGACGAAAGACGAAGUGUGUGUAAAAGAAGCGAUAUAUCUUUAAUCUACGGGCGAUUGCUUGCAAAAAAAAUUCUGCUUCCUUUAAAAAAAAAACAAAAAAACUAAAAGGUCCUUGUUUGUGGCUUAGCUAGCUAACAGCUGGAUCGGCUAACGCUAGCUAGCCAUACAUGCUAACGUUACGUCUUUCUUUUGAUGUGAAUUCAACCAUUUCUAUCGGCCAUCAACAUGUCGGCAGGAGGAAAUUCAGUUAUCGUGGCCGCGGAUUAUUCGUUAGCUUCAUGGUGAACUGUCCGGCUUGUCUCUUUACAGCCACGUUUAAAGAAUAGAGUGUUAUUCUUAGGUUUGCUGGCUGAAUAUAUUGUACUGUAUUGAGUUAGCCGUGUUCAUGCUAACCAAAUGAGCAAAAGAAGCUAAUUUGCUGGAGGAGUCAACACUUACUUAACGUUACCUUAGCAUUAGCAUUACCUACUUUAACUCAGCUCGUUUAACGUUACUCCUCACAUUGGGAGUAAUUUACAUUAGCUGCCAACAAUAAUUCACAUUUACGCGAAAUAAUGUCACGGCCACUUGGGUGUUAGUGUCGGAUAUUUGGGUUCUGGCCUUGCUAACUUAGCUAAUUGUACAUUUUUGCUAACAGGCAAAUACAUUUGUCAGCGUGUGCAGAAAUUUUUAGGAAAUCUUUGAGAAUUGUAUUGAGCAAUGGCAUCGUCGGCGUGAGCUUAACUUUGAAAUUUAUCCCUAAGCGAUUUAGUUUUGUCAGCAACACAACUUGUCUUUUCUUUUUUUUUUCUUUUUUUUGUUGUUUACAUGCGUUUACCUUAUUCGGUUGUCGGGUUAAAUUCCUUGCUAGCUAGCAAAGGUUAGCCACAAACUGCUAUGUCCUGACAUUUGUGUAUGUCGUGGAUGUUUUAAAAUUCCCGUGAGGAUCUAAGUUGUGAGAUGACACUAAAAUUUCGCCGAAAGAAAGGCGCUGAUGCCGAUAGACUGUUGUCAAAGGACGGUAAAUAAUAACCACUGGUUCCAUUAACGCCAUUUUAACAGGGGCUCUCCCUGCGAGGGGCCUGUGUAGUGGUGUUUUAUUUGCGGUUCGGUGCCUCCCACCGGACCUGGACUUGAAUAAAGUGCCUUUGGUGUCACUGGAGUUACAGAAGAAGGUGCCGUUUCAACAUGGAGGGCCAGAGCCGGAGCACUGGAUUCAGGCAGAGCCGACGGUCCCGUUCGCAGCGCGACAGGGAGCGGCGGAGGAGGAGAGUAAACCUGGCCGACGAGCGGGCCACAUCCCUGUCCUCAGGCUCCGAUCGGGAGGCUUGUGGCACAAACAGUAUCCUGGGUCCCGGUGGGAGAGAAUGCCGGCCCGGUUUUGGGAGACACAGGCCUCCACGUCGGAGGAAGAGAGAGUCUGUGUCCUGCGAGGAAGACAUCAUUGAUGGCUUCUCCAUUGCGAGCUUUAUCAGCUUGGAGGCACUGGAGAUGGACUGCUCUCUGAAGCCCAGUCAGCGCACUGAUAUGCUGGGAAGGAGGAGCAAGGGGAAGAGAGGGCCGGAGGAGAAUGGUGGAGGUCCGCUGUCAGAGCCGGAGGAAGGAGCCCCGCACAGCUACUCCAGCAGCUGUUGGAACAAGAGUAGAAAUAAGAGAAGGCGGAUAGAGGGACAUCCUUUGGAGACUGGCUACAUUUGUGACACUGAGAGUGACACAGGAGACAAGGCGUCUGACAAUGACAUGGACCCAGUGUUCACAGUCAGUACUCGGAAAGUUUUGGAACAAGCCCCCUCAAACAUGGGCACAUCCAUGGGCAAAAGCUGCCCGCCUCUACUGGCCCGUUGUGGUGGCAUCUCACGGUUGAUGGUGACGCCGAGAGUAUCUGGCCUGGAGCGAAGCCAGGAGAAAAACUUGGAGCAGCAUUUCCCAGAGCCCGGUGGUUCUUCUACCUCUUCAACCCCCUUCUCUUGCCUGCCUUCCCACCCGGUCGCCCCCUCAGGCGGGGUCCCCCGUCACAACCCGUUCAAUGGUAACGGCAGCCGCCACAACGGCAGCCCCCCACUCUCCAAACCCAAACCCUUCCUCACUUUCCCUGGACGAUCUCACGCCAUCUACAACAGGAGCAGCACCCCAGUCAAACCUCCCUUAGCUGCUUCAUCUGUUGCAUCUUCCUCAUCCUCCAUGCGUCCCCCGACUCCUUCCACCAGUGUGUCCCUGCCCUACAUGAGGGGCUCAGGAACCUCAGGGCCCCUCCGACCCCCAUCCCGUGCCAACUCUGGUGCUCUGUUCACAUCCUCACCUGGCCUGCCUCCCCCUCCACCUCUACUACAAGGUCCUGCCCACUCAACAGCAGCAGAUCAGGAAAUGAUGCGUCAAAACUUAAACUCCCACUUCUUGAAUUCGCAAGAGCGCGAGGGCAGACGCAGCGUCCCAGGGGCUGACAAUAAUGCCGCAGCUGCAGGCCGCUCCACUCCUGGUGGUCCAUCAACAUCUGGCUCCGCACCGGGUUCAUCAGGCCGGACGUCUCAGAACCAGCCGAGCGUACAGCCCCUGGCCUUCCAGUUCCAUCAACACAACCACCAGCACCAACAUACGCACACCCACCACUUCACACACCCUUCAUUCCUGCACCCCACAGCUACCGCACCGCCUCUGUUUGAUAAGUAUCCCGGAAAAAUGGACGGGCUGUACCGACACCCUUUCUUUCAACAAUACCCACCACCCCCAGUGCCGAGUAUCCAGCCUGUGAUUCCUCCUGCUGGGCCUUUCAGCUCCUUGCAAGGAGCAUUUCAGCCAAAGCCUCUUGUCCCUCAGGGAACCGGUUCUGAUAUAAGCGCAAGACUCGGGGUUGUGCCUCACCACCUUCAGCCCAAAGACCCCAGGCUAACUGAUCCAUUUGGGACAUCGUUGAAAAUCAGUAAUAAACCAGGAAAAUGGUGUGCUAUGCAUGUAUAUGUGGCCUGGAUGAUUCUAACCCAUCAGAAAAAAGUAAAGCUGAUGCAGGCUGAUCCUCACAAGUUGGACUUCCGUAGUGACCUGCUGGCCCGUCUUCCUGGAGCUGGGGGACUGGGCCCCCUCGGGCCCAUAGGAGGAGCCCUGCCCCCCACUCAUGAUCUGACCAGGCCGCCCAGUCUGUUCUCAGCUACAGGGCCAGUCAAUCCGUCCUCAGCUCCUUUCAUCUCCCCAUCAACGCCCCACUCCUCUUUCCUCCCACCAACUGCACACUUGGAUCCGUAUGGCCGAUCCCCACCCUUCACCCCCCUGGGAGCCCUUGGUUCUGGUGCCUUUGGAGGACUUGGCAGCCCAACACUGGCGAGCUCUGUAUUCGCCCCUAAAGAGUCACCGGCUAGUGUGGUUGGAGGCUUGCCCAACCCUAACCAUCAUGACCCAUGGAACCGUCUACACGGUGGCCCAUCUGGGUUCCCUUCUGGCCCCAGCUGGGCUAAAGGGGCAGACAAGCGUGACGAGCGGGAUCGAGGAAAGGAAGGAGAGAGGAGAGACAUCCCCCACAUCAAGGACGAAAAGGACAGAGACAAUAUGCUGUAUGGCCGACCACCUGUGAGAAUGUCUCCAGUUCCCCCUUCCUUCAAGCCCCGCAGUAGCACCCCAGUUUCCCACGUUAAUGGCCACAGUAGUGCCCUGGCGGGGAGUAGUGGUCCUAUUGAGGACCUGACACGCAGCUUAAAUAGAGACAGAGACCGCGAGCGAGACAGAGAUGGGGAUAAGAGGCCGCUGCCAACAGUGUCUUCACGGGGGCUGCCUCUUGGCUCCUCAUCUUUAGUAGCAGACAGGGACAGACCACGGUCUUCCUCAUCUUCUGUGCUCACUACUCCCCCACCCUCGAACCGCUCAGCCCCAUCUCCUUUGGACCUUUACCCCCGACCACUGGCCCCGACAGCACAUAGCCUCCACAACGAACCCUCACACUCCCAAAGAGACAGCAACCUCCCUGCUUCUUCCACAGCUCCUGCCUCUGUCACUUCUUUGUCUCAGGCCAAGAAGUCUGACCGGACCACAACACCCGUCUCCAAACCUCCCAUGCUUCUCCCGCCAGUUAAAGUUAAAGAGGAGAGGAAAGAGGAGCCGGAGCAUAUCCCCAUCACCCUGCCUCCCCCGGCACCCAACCACGGCUUUGACCGUCCCAACAGCCAUCCACACCACCAUAGGUCUGGUACCCCUUCAUCUUCCUCUUUAUCACUGACUCCCACUGGUGUUCCCCUCAUGUCACACGCUCCAAACCACCCUCCUUCCCACCAACACCUUUCCCUGCUGGAUCGCUCCAGGGCCAUUGAAGCUUAUCUGGGGAGCACAGGGGCUGCUGGGUUGAUGGUGGGUCCAGGAGGAGAACGUUUCGCUCAUGGUCCAGGCCACGGACAUCCACAGGGUCCACAUAGCUUCACUUGGGACCCUCGGAGGGAGCUGGCCGCUCAGCAGCAGCAUCAGCAUCGGAGGGAGGCUUUGGCACUUUGGUCAGACCCUCACCUAGCCCUUCGAUCCGAUCCACAUCUGACUCGACUGCUCCAGCAUCAGCGCCUUCUGGAAGCAGCUGCUUCAGUCGCCUCUCACCACCCUCCGACAUCUACCUCUUCUGCCCCCACCUCUGCUGCCCGUCAGGAGUUCGGCCUAAUGGCCCAUCACUUUGACCGCCCUCACCUUGGACCACCUGGAGGAGGACUGAUGGAUGAGGAGCAGCGUACACAGAUCCUGAGGGAAGACUUUGAGCGGGCUCGCUACUUUGGGAUGCACCCACACCUUCCUCCUGGCUCACAUCUCUCAAGCCCCUCUCAUGCUGCUACCGCCGCUCACCUGGAGCAGCUCCACCCUGGCCUUCUCUCCCACUCACUCCCCCCUGGAGCCUCUCCUGCCUCCCAGCAUCACGCUGGCCUGUACGCCCGUCUAGGCCACCUAAACCCACACCACGUGCCCAACGGCAUCCUGGCAAAGACUCCCGCAGGCUUGGUGGGAGCUCUGUCAAUGGGGGUACCGCCUCCACUCAUUCCGUCCAUCACCAGCCGGUCGUCCACACCUCCCCGCGGUUCAAGACUUGGAGGGCCAGGUGAUCUGGCACUGUACAGCACCCACAAAGACGGAGAGUCCAGAUAGUACAGGGACAACACUGGAGGAGAUUAAGGGAAAUGUCAGGAUCACUGUGCUGCUCUCAACCUGCCACCUUUUCCUCUUGCAGACUACUAAACCCUGCCCCCUCCCAGUUCCACAUCCAAACCAACUACAGUUCCACCUCAAAGAAAGGGGUAACCAUGACGGGCUGGAGGUGAUUGUAGGGAGGGAAAUGCAAGACUCAUCAGUGUGACUUGGAAUAUGCGCAAUGGUUCCGUCUGUGCAAUUUAAAGGUACAUGGUUUCUGUGCAUCCUUGGUGUAUUUUUAGUUUUAUACUGGCUGUUGGUUAUUACCGAAGUCAAUUCUGAAAGGUGUAUGAAGAGGCAGAGGACAGCAUUUUUUUUUUUUUUUUUUUUUUUCCUUCUCUUCCAUUUGUCAGGUGAAUUAUGAUCCAUGCUUUUCAGCAAGCCUUUUCCGGGUGGAUUGGAAAUGACUUCCAGAGGGAUGUACACUGUGAAAACAUGUCAAGGGUUCAUCCUCAGCUUGGUUAACUCAUGGGAUAUUAUAAAGCCCUCCUCUACAUCAAUCAACCCUGACUGGGUGUUGUGGAUGAGGGUCUUUAGAAAUACAAUGGUGAAGUUCUGUCUUUGUGUCUUUUUGUCAUUGACAGAUUACUGAUGACACCAUUUAAUGAAGAUCAGUAAGCAUUGCACCUCAGUUUCCUGCUUUACCCAAAAAUCUAAACCCUCAGCUUCACUGAUAACAAGAUUCAACCUUUUUUGGCUUGUUUUUUUUUGUUUGUUUGUUUUCAAAAGGAUGAAUGGCGAAAUGACUUGUGCUACACUGUGUGAGUGAACACAGUAUUUUAGAGCUUCCUGUAACUGUUUCCCAGUCUCCUCUUGACUAUAUGUGCAGGACCAGAUUAUAGUAGUCUAGAGAAAUUGCCUUUGUAAUUAUUAUUCUUAACAUUAAUUAUCUUCUAUAAUAAUAAAUAUAUUCACUGUUAUGUUAUUUGUCUUUGUUUCGGGUAUCAACCAGUACUCUCUCCCCAGGUAAUCUGUUCUCCAAAUCAUGCAAACGACAAAGCAAAAGGCUUGCUUCACAGAAAACUUUUUAGUGUGUGUGAACAUUAAGCCGUAUCCAUUGCAACCUCUGGCCUCUUCAAGGAUCUCAUCUAUGGCUUUGUUACGCUGAGAAGGGAGGUUUGCGUGUGCGUCAUUGGUUGUGUGUUAUAUCCAUUUGGGACUAAGGAUUCAAGUUGUUUCAUCAACACAAAUAAGUUAUAUACAUGGAUAAGUGGGACGUCUGCUGAAGAACUGAAAAAAAAAAAAAUAUAUGUACUUGUGUCAAAUGACAACUAGACAGUGGGUAUCCUGAGAGGGAAAAGACUGGGUCGAUUAUUUUAAUAUGACCAUUUUAUACCUUUCAAACCCCUCCCCUAGAGACCACAAAGAUUAAUUAUUAAAUGAAUUGUUGUUUA